AUUCUCCACCCCUUUCCACUCUCAUUCAUUUUCCCCUGUCCUCUCUCUGUCUCUAUCUCCCUUAUAUAUUUAUACCCUCAUUUCCCCAAGCCGCCACCCAUUUCUUGAAACUCACAAUCCCAAUUGGUAAACAACACUAAAAAGGCAUGGAAAUGGUGGUGGCAGUGCCUCCUCCUCCACCUUCUUCUUCCAUGGACUUUAACUUUGAUAGCAACUGUUCCUCUCCUUACAUCACUGCACCUUCUAGCCCCCAACGCUUUGGCAACUUCUUCUUCAGUGCUCCCACUAGCCCCACUCGCAGACACUCCUCUGCUUCCACUCCCAACACCACCGAAGACGAGUUUGAAUUCGACUUCAGUGGUCAACUCCAGAGACCUUCCCUUUCCGCCGAAGAACUGUUCCUUGGCGGAAAGAUUAGACCUCUCAAACCCCUUUCCCCUUCGUCGAAUAAAAGAAGAGAGAAAAGGGUUAUCGAAGAAUCAUCAUCACUAUUAUCAUCACCACCUCCACAACGUAAGCUAGGUAGGGAAAGAGCUUCAUCAUUUUCCAUUUCCUCUGCUACCCCUUUAAAAGGUCGCAGAGGAAGUGGAAUUCAAGUCGUGUCUUGUGAUGACACGUCAUCACAAGGGGAGAAGAGUAACAGCAGCAAAACCUCGGAAAGUGUUUCUAACUCCUCGUUUUUGUCGUCGAUUUCGUUCGGGAAAGGGUACCGAAAGUGGAGGCUGAAGGAUUUUCUUUUGUUCCGAAGCGCCUCCGAGGGAAGAGCUUCGGACAAGGAUCCCUUUCGGAAGUACGCGGUUCUGUCCAAAACGACGGCGCACGAGGAUGUCCGGAACGUGAGUUUCCGGUCCGCGGAGAGUUCCGGUUCGGUUUCGAGACGGAGAGGACCGGUUUCGGCUCACGAGUUGCAUUACACCGUGAACCGGGCUGCUUCAGUGGAGUUGAAGAAGAAAACGUUGUUGCCUUAUAAGCAGGGCUUGUUGGGGUGCUUGGGCUUCAACCCUGGCAUGCAUCACUUAAGCGCAAGAAUUGGGUCUUAGUUAACGUUUUGAUUAAAUUGUGAUUUUGGUGAUAGAAACCUUAAAACAAUUUAAUGUUAUGAUAAAUUACAAGCAAAUGUGAGUAGUGUGGUCACAGCUAUCAUGGUCUCUCGACUCUGCUUUCUCCACAAUGUUAAUAUUAUUAUGAUAGUGAUUGUUGCCGUGAAUGGUAAUUUCAAGUUUUGUUUUUUCAAUUUUCUUUAUAUAUUCUCAUUUUUUUGUUGUUGGUUC